UGCUGGCCGCUCUGCCAGUCCUCAAAAUGAAACGGGGAGAUCCACAGGGGGACUUUGGACGCGCUUCUCAGCCCCCACUCUUGCUCUCCCACCUGUCCCCCCUUGCGAUGAUCCCAGACCUUUGCGGAAGGGAACCGUCCUUUUCUGACUAACGCCAUCCCAACGCUUUCCCGCAGCUCUACGGAUAUUUGCAGGGGACGAUGGAGGGAGGCAGGGACGGACCGGAAAGCCUCCGGAGGGUUCUCUCAGAGAAGACCUCCAAGGAACUCCUGGAAGUGCCAGAAGCUCCUCCCGAGGAGGCCGACGACCUCAGCCAGGAGACCCAAGACCAACAGAAAGAGGUCCCAGUCCUGGUGGCCGAGCCGGUGGGAAGAAAGCUUCUUGGAGCAGCUUCAGCUGGGCUCCUCUCGGGGAGAAGCGGCAGCAGCAUCUCUUUGUGGAAAGCCGGUCCUCCGAUUGUCAUACCUUUUAGCGAACACGCAAUCAGGAUCCCAAUGCCAAAAGGCCAAAUAUCCAGUGAGCUCUUGCAGUCAAAAGAAGCGCGCUCUGAUUCAGCCCCUUCUGUAAAAGAGAGGCUCUUUGCAGCUGAAAGAGAGGGUGCCAAGAGUCCUGCCCUCCAGGUCGAUAAAAGAGGCCCCGCUCGCGCCGAAAAACUCUCAGAAGCCAGAACAGAGGCUCGUGCGGGGAAAGACAGUCCCAAACGCGGGGAGCAGGAGCCCACUCAAAGGAGCAGCCAAGAACUCGUGCCCUCAAAACCCGGCAGUGCCACAAGCAGAGAGGGUGCAGCGGCUCCUGCCUUGGCCACCGAUAAGUCCAAGCUGUCCCACGGAAGCCAAGGGCCACCAAGUAAUAGUGACGUGACCAGUCUAGAGACAAUGGCAGGGACCUCCCUAAAGGAAAGUGAGACUUCCAGGACCCAAACUCCUGCCAGCAGCGCAACUCUUCUCCAGGAGGAAGAUUCUAUCGUGUCGUCGGCUUUCCCGGGGAUGUUGUUUGAAGAGAAGACUAAGCCACUCUCCGAUCACCCUCUUAGCUUGUCAUGGGUCUUUGGCUACAACAACCAGCUCCCCGUUUUCAACCUUCUCGACGAAGACCAACAGGUGAUCUUGUACGUUUCUGCUCAGGUGGCCGUGAUCCACGACCUCAUCAGGAAUAAACAGUAUCUCCUGCAGGGACAUUCCAGUUGCAUCUCUUGCAUCUGUGCCAGCGAUGACCGGCGGUGGAUUGCAACGGCCGACCGAGGUCCUGAGAGCCUGGUGAUCGUCUGGGACAGCUACUCUGCGGUUCCUGUCCACACCAUCUUCGACAGUCACCCCGAAGGUGGAGUCAGCGCCAUCACCAUUUCCCACGAUUCCAAGUUUCUGGCUACACUGGGGGCUGGAGAGGUGCAGAAAGUUUCCAUUUGGAGGUGGACCACGCUGGACACAAAGCCGGUCUGCAGUGUGGAAAUCCUGCCCCAGUUUGGUUUCCAGAAUUACAUUGCGUUCAGUGGCCAAACCCAGAAGGAGCUGGUGAGCAACAGUGAAAGCCAAGUCGUCUUCUACUCAUGGGAGGAUGGGUUGCACUACCACGCUCCUCUCCUGACAGACAAAACUUUCAACAAGGCGGUGGGAUUCUUCAGUCAAUCCCGUUUCCAUUUCAACUCUGCCCAAGCAAUCAGCAGCACGUCAGAGGGGAAGCUGGUGAUCUGGGAUGUUGUUUGCUCGCCCUUGAAGGGUUCCACUGCAUGUGAGAAACUGUACAACAUGAAAGCCAUCAAGCUGGUGCAUCUGCAGAAGGACGCCAUCACGGUCCUGGCCAUCACGGAUGAACUCUUCGUGACCUGCGACGUCAGAGGCCACGUGAAAUUCUACGAUGGGGACCUGCAGCUGAUGCACUGGUACAGCCAGUUUAAACUGGGACCCAUCCAGUCCAUUUCCUUCUCCAAGAAACCUGCGUCCCCUGGCGACAUCACCAAGUACCCUGAGUCUUGCACCUUGGAUGGCAAACCCUUCGUUGUUAGGAACUUCAUCCUGGCCACCUUGGACGGCUUGGUGAUUCACAUCCAGUCAGAGGAAACGAAAGUCACCAAGUGCCUAGAGGAACCAAAGGAUGCUGUUCACACCAUCGUCUGCCACCCCAGCAAAAGUCUCCUGGCCAAGGGGAGCUACUGCGGCCUUCUGAAAGUGUGGAGCUACACACUCCAUAAAUACCUUGUCAGUCGAAUUUUUAAGGGCGAAAGCAUCAGCAGCCUCUGUUAUAAUCAUGAUGGUUCCUUGCUAGCUGCUGGCUUCCUGAAUGGGAGUGUUUAUAUCCUUGAUUCAAUAUCGUUGGAAAACGACUGUCCGGAACCUUUCCAAUAUUCAAAAGGCCCGGUCACCAUCAUGAGCUUCUCUCACAAUUCUGAAUAUCUUGCCACUGCAGAUGAAAACUUGUCAUUGAACCUUUACAAAAAAAUGGUCAUAGAGGAGAAGAAAGUCUGGGAUCGCCUAGCUGCCCUCCACUCCCACUACAAGCCAAUUCGCACCCUUCUUUUUGGGGUGCACUUGGACAGUGAUGAGCCACGUCUCUUAAGUCUCGGAGAAGACCGGCUCUUGGUGGAAUACGACUUGGAGAGUACCGUCAAAGAUGAGCUGGUGGUAAUCCGAAGAGACCGUAUUGAGCAGAGUGCGGUCCCCAAAUAUAUUGCUUGGUAUCCCCCCAUCACAACCGAGUACUUUUUCCUCACUGCCAACGAUCACUACAAAAUGAAGAUUUAUAAUGUGACCACAAAGUUGUGCAGAAAGACCGUUUUGGGACCCACGUAUGGCUCUCCUCUUGAGAAGAUUAUCAUCCUUCCAUUGGCUGAGGGCCAUGAUCUCCAGAAGCGGUAUCUGGCCUACAUCACAAAAGAUAAGAUUGGCCUGCAGAUCUUGCCCGUCGACGGGAACCCGCACAAGUCCUCGGCUUUCAUUUGCCACCCUAUGGGGGUGGCCGACCUCGCCUGCUCCUACAGCGGACGCUACCUCUUCACGGCGGGGGGCAGCGACUUGACGGUGAUGAAAUGGGACGUGAAUCUAGACGCUCUGGAUGCCGCGGUCUCCCUGGGGGGCAAGGACCUGGUCCCGUUCUACAACCUCCUGGAAGGGGGGAGAGAUGGCGAGUUUUUCAAGGAGCUAGAAGACUAUUUUUACUAUGCUCAGCUGUGCCAUCAAGGCAUCAACACCAUGGAACCUAGGAAGGUGUCUACCCACAUCCCCUUGGAGCAAGUUCCCUUUGUGAUGCGUGCUAUGGGGUUUUACCCAUCUGAGGAGCAGGUUGAAGACAUGUUGAAUGAAGUAAAAUUCAGUGAGUUUCUGGAGACUGGAAAGCAAGUGACCCAUAUUAAUUUAGGGGACUUUAUCAAACUGUAUGUGAAUCAUCGGCCUGCCUUUGGGCUGGCAUCGAAAGAAAUUCAAAAUGCCUUCCAAGUGCUGGGCUAUGAGAACGAGGACCAUGAAGCCACCAUCAACAGAGAUGACCUGCUUUUGCUCCUUCAGCAUAAAGGAGAGCAUUUCACCGAAGAGGAGUUGGCCGAGCAUCUCACCACUCUUCUGGGCUUCAAUCCCGAGGGGGGCCGUUCAGAGGUUGGCACCUAUGAUCCCACAGGUGCAGAUGACUUGAUUCAGGAGGAAAUCCCAGAGGAAAUUACAGCUGCUCAGUUCACAAAGGACAUUCUUGGAUUACCUAUUCCAGAACCGAUGGAAGUGGUGACAGAGACACAAACCUCGGACGAGCCCACAAGCAGCAGCUUCUUGUCACUAAAGUCUCAGUGAUUUAUACUCUUCACCUUCUUCGCCAUUGCUUCUUUGCUUGCGUUCUGCCGGAGUCCAAAAAUUAUAGUGCGCUGUUAUUUUUGAAAAGCAAAUUUUCAGAAAAUGACUAGUUUUAAUGUUAUGGAAA